AUGGAAGGCAAUUCUCCGCGGGUAUUCCGCCAUGGAGCCCGGGCCCCGCUCUACGAAUUCUCGAGCAACGAAUCGACCGAAUUCUAUUUUAGGGGAGUCGGACAACUGAGUGAUCUCGGCCUGGUCCAAGGGAUGCAACUUGGCGAGCUGUUCAACAACCGCUACGUGCGCACCGGCUUCUUGCACCACGGCAUGAAGCCGAGCGAGGUCUAUUUCCGGUCUUCCCCAAAGGAGCGCUGCCUGAUGACGGCCCAGGAGGUUGGCCGUGGUAUGUUCCGCCGUGACAUCGCCGUCCCGGUUUUCACCUUUCCGACAAGAGAGGAGGAUGUGAUGCUGUACCCACGGAUGGAAUGCCCGCAUCAGACUUCGAGAAAUAAGGAGAUUUUUGGCGCGGAUACGUUCGAAGAAGCGUUCGACCGGAUCCGUGACGUGUACGCGCCGUCGAGAACUGAGGAUAAGGGAUAUUUGGAGGCUGUGAAAAUUGAGAAAUUCGAAGGGCUGCCCGUUCCGGAAUGGGCAAAUACAAAGCAGGGGUUGAAGGAGUUGGAGGAUACUUUUUAUGAGUACCUGACAUUCAUCUGCGGAACCGGAAGGCUACCGGAUCCAGAAACGAUCCAGACCAAAUCCGGCCUCCUCCUCCACACCAUCCAUCUGGAGCUCCAACGAUCCUGGAGCUGCCAUACAGUACACCGUUUCCUUGCGUACAGUACGCACGAUACCGUGGUUCUCCCACUCGCCGAAUCGCUGGGCCUCAUCCCUGCAUUCAAAGGCCACCUCCCUCAUUACGCCACCGGCUUCAUCUUUGAGCUGUGGAAUCGGGAUGGAGAACCAUUUGUUAAGGUCUUCUACCGUUUCUCACCGAGCAGCCACGAGGUGACCGAGCUUACUGGCGAGGUCAGGAAUUGCGCGGAUGAGCGCUGCACCUUGGACCAAUUUGUCAAUUGCUGCGACGAGUUCAAGACGGACGACCCGUUGGUGGUUUGUGGGAUGAAGAAAGGUUUUUGCUGGAAAUCCUUCUUCCUCUGGACUCUCCUCAUGGCCACCAUCCUCCUCCUGACCCUCGUCAUUGCCCUCCUCUUCCAUGUUCAUCAACAGCGCAAGAAG